AUGCUUUAUUUUACUAAAUCAAUGCCACCCACCAAUAAUCAAUCCCUCCAUACCUGUGUAUAUAUAUUAAAUCUCACAGCUCUUUACAUCUCUCUACAUGCCUUGCCAUAUAAUUCAACUUGAAAGUGGGAUUUGAAUUUGACAUUUUUAAGUUCAGCUGAUCUCUUCUUUUGAGGGUCUUCUUGAUUGAUUUUAGUACCCAUCUGGGCUAUAUAAAAGACCCAGAAGGUGAUUUUUACAGGGCUGUUUGGUUUUAAAUUCUGAUCAUCUUAGGAGGGGAGUUGAUACCAGAAGGCUUGAAUGCCUUAAGUGCAUUGUGGGUUUAUUUUUGGAAGAGAGUUUUGGUUUAAGAAUUGGCUGAUUUCUCAAAACCCAUCAAAUACAGAAAUCUUUGGUGUUGAAAGACAUGGGUCUCAUCAACGAUUUAACAAAGAAAACGCCAAUUUUUCAUCUUCCGGUGUGGGCACUAGUUGUGAUUUUUGUGGUAAUUCCUGUCGUCCUCUUGGUGCUUCCAUUAUGUAUUUCAAGGAAGAAGUCCAAGAGAACUGCUGAGACACUUCCCAUUAGCCAAAACCAUAUUGUAUCAAGUGAAUUCAAAGAGAUAAGAAUGGAUCAAAAUUCAGCAAACAGUAUUGUUUCCUAUGCUGGAGAAUUUUCCUCCACGGAAAACAAGUACAAUGGCAAAGAUUCGGAUAAGCUUUUGAUGCAUUUGAAUGAUGAGCAGAUGAAGAAUGCUCAUGAUAGUAGUCGAUCCGGUUCUUUCAAUAAAUUGGAGAAUAAGAAUCUUGGUUCUGGAUCAGGAGAAGAAGGGAAUAAAAACUAUCACCCUUCUUCACAUCCUCAGAAUGUUUCAUCCCCUUUAUCUGGUUUAUCAGAGUUCUCUCAACUUGGAUGGGGCCAUUGGUUUACACUAAGGGAUUUAGAAGUUGCUACAAAUCGUUUUUCAAAAGAUAAUGUUAUUGGUGAAGGUGGAUAUGGAGUUGUUUACCAGGGCCGUCUGCCUAAUGGAUCAUUAGUAGCUGUUAAGAAGAUCUUUAACAAUCUUGGACAAGCAGAGAAGGAAUUUAAGAUUGAGGUUGAGGCCAUUGGCCAUGUGCGACACAAAAACUUAGUUAGACUUCUGGGUUACUGCAUUGAAGGGACCCAAAGGAUGUUGGUCUAUGAGUAUGUUAACAAUGGCAAUUUAGAACAGUGGCUACAUGGAGCUCUGCGUCAACAAGGAUGCCUUACUUGGGAGGCUCGAAUGAAAGUUAUACUUGGCACUGCUAAGGCGCUUGCUUACUUGCACGAGGCCAUUGAGCCAAAAGUGGUGCAUCGAGACAUCAAGUCAAGCAAUAUCCUAUUAGACGAUGAAUUCAAUGCCAAAAUUUCUGAUUUUGGUCUGGCCAAGUUGUUAGGUGCCGGUGAGAGUCACAUUACAACAAGAGUUAUGGGUACUUUUGGAUAUGUAGCACCAGAAUAUGCCAAUAGUGGCCUUCUAAAUGAGAAGAGCGAUGUAUAUAGCUUUGGCAUUGUGCUUUUAGAAGCAAUCACCGGAAGAGAUCCAGUGGAUUACAGCCGUCCAGCAGAUGAGGUAAAUAUGGUUGACUGGCUAAAAUUAAUGGUUGGGAGUAGGCGGUCAGAAGAAGUCGUCGAUCAAUCUAUGGAGACUAAGCCAUCUAGAACUGCUCUAAAAAGAGCCCUGUUGACUGCUUUGAGGUGCGUCGAUCCAGAUUCUGAAAAGAGGCUAACAAUGGGGGAAGUUGUUCGUAUGCUUGAAUCAGAGGAAUAUCCAUUACCCCGAGAGGGUCGACGACGUCAUAAAAAUGAAGCUGACACUCUAGAGGCUGAGCCGGGGAGGCAGAAUUCUGACAUACAAAAGAUAUAAGGUAGACGAGUAUUAAUGGAUCAGAGGGGGCACACAAGGAUGAAAAUAUCAACUACAGUUACAAAUGAGGCAGGGUAAUUCCUGACAUUACUUCGACCUAUUUAGUUAGAAAGGAUCGACAUCAGUUGGCAAAACUGUUUGGCAUUCGAAGCUGAGUGAUUUUUCAAGCCAGGCCAUACCUCUUCCCCUCGGUGUCUCCUUCUGCUUAUAGAUUAUCGAUGGUAUAAUUAUUUGUGCAUACAUUUUAUAUUCAUAUAGCAUAUAUAGCAUACCCUGGAAUUGGUGGUGUGUACAGGUGUUGGUAUUUCUAGUAUCUUAGGUUUUAGCGGUUCAUUUGAAAAUAAAGAUUUCGCUUGCUUUAUUUUUGUUAGUGAGAACAUUAAUAUUUUCGACUCUGUAAUUUGCUUUUAAUGAAAGCUUGCCUUCAUUUUA